GGCGGACGGAGGAGCAGCGAGUCAAGAUGAGAGUUCAGGACCAGUACCACCGUGUCUGUGUGUGUAGCUCUGGUUGUAUUGAACUCUGCUCGCUGCUGACCAGUGGAGAGUGAAGAGAGCGAGGAGUGGGAGGAGGAACAGAGUGCCCGAUACCCUGCCGGUGGGUUUGCCCGGCAGAGGCGAUUUUCCUUGAUAGGUUCGGCAACCAUGCUGGAAAACACAGGUGGAGCGAGAGUGGAUGCUAAAGUGAAUAAUCAGUCAGAAACUGCUAAAUGUGCAAUGGAAAGUGGUGACGGGAACACCGGAAUCCAAACCAAUGGAUUGGACUUUCAGAGGCAGACGGUGCCAACCACAAGUGCAAUCACGAACGCACACGCACAAGCCCUCCUCCAACAGUCUAAGUCGGAAGACUCGAGUGCUCUUCCGACCUCCGUCCAGCAGAGCGUAUUGCCUCAAACCCAGCUAAUGUUGGCCGGGGGACAGAUUGCUGGAUUGACCCUGACCCCAGCGCAGCAGCAGCUGUUGAUCCAGCAGGCCCAAGCUCAGCUCCUGGCUGCAGCCGUGCAGCAGUCAGCCAGCCAGCAGAACAGCACCACUGGGGCAAGCAUCUCAGCCUCUGCAGCCACGCCCAUUACCCAGCUGCCCCUGUCACAGCCCAUCCAGAUCACCCAACAGCUACAGCAGCAGAAUCUCCUGCCUCAGUUUGUUCUGGUUCAGCCCGGCCACCCGAUCGCCACACCACUGCAGCAGUUCAUCAUCUCACCGACACCACAGGCCCAACAGGGUAAAGCAGGCAUAUUGCAAGCCCAGAGUCUUCUACCUCAACAACCUCAAAGCCAAGCUAACCUCCUGCCGACUCAACCAAUUACCCUUGCAACUCAGCCUGCAACUCCAACCCGCACAGCAGCAGCCACACCUAUUCAGUCCCUGCCCCACAGUCAGACACCACCCAAACGGUUGGACACGCCGACUCUGGAGGAGCCUAGUGACUUGGAGGAGCUGGAGCAGUUUGCCAAGACCUUUAAACAGAGGCGUAUCAAACUGGGCUUCACACAGGGGGAUGUUGGCCUAGCAAUGGGGAAGCUGUAUGGAAACGACUUCAGCCAAACUACCAUCUCUCGCUUUGAGGCCUUGAAUCUGAGCUUUAAGAACAUGUGCAAACUCAAGCCAUUGCUGGAGAAGUGGCUCAAUGAUGCAGUUUGUGCAGAGAACCUGACAUCUGACCAGGCCCUGUCCAGCCCCAGUGCCCUGGGCUCCCCAGGCAUGGGCAUAGAGGGGAUCAACCGCAGACGGAAGAAGAGGACCAGUAUCGAGACCAACAUCCGAGUGGCCUUAGAAAAGAGCUUUCUGGAGCAGAACCAAAAACCUACCUCUGAGGAGAUCACCAUGAUCGCUGACCAGCUCAACAUGGAGAAAGAGGUGAUUCGGGUCUGGUUCUGCAAUCGUCGGCAGAAAGAGAAGAGGAUUAACCCCCCGAGCAGUGGCAACAGUGGAGGAGGCAGCACCCCCAUCAAAACCAUCUUUACCCCCAGUAGCCCUUUGGUGGCCAGCACAGCAAGCCUUGUGAGCAGUUCAACUAUUAACACACCCACCACUCUGACUGUAAACCCAGUGAUGCCUCUCACCAGCACCAGCGUCCCCAGUUUGCCUUUCACAGGCACGACAGUUGGAGCCACAAACACCGCAUCCGUCAUCUCCACUGCACCUGUGGUUACCACAGCAACCAGCUCUCCAUCUUUAAGCCCGUCACCAACGACUAAUCAGUCCACGACCACAGAGAGCAAGGCUGGCACUCAGGCGCAAACCAUCGUCACCCAGGCCCCAACAUCCAUAGCCACCACUUUAGGCACGGGCCAGAUGAUGGUGGCGGCUCAGGGGCUGUCUGCACUGCAGGGUGCUGCCCAGUUACCCACCAGUGCUAGCUUUGCUGCUAUGGCUGCCGCUGCAGGGCUCAACCCAGGACUGAUGGCAUCUUCACAGUUCACUCCAGGGGGGACCCUGCUCAGUCUGACUCCUGGUGGCCUCGGAAGUGCGCUGAGUCCUGCCCUCAUGAGCAACAGCGCUCUGGCCACUAUUCAAGCUCUGGCAAGCGGCACAAUCCCCAUCACUUCUCUGGACGGCAGCAACCUGCUGUUCGCCAACACGUCUGCUGGUAACACGUUCUUCCUGAACCCCCCGAACCUGUCGGUGCUCACCAGCCCCCCUGUCAGCCUGGUGUCGGCCGGGACGGGGGGGUUGCAGGUCACUGCUGAUGCUCAUCAAGCCACCACGGCUACUGUGCCUGUGCAAGCCUCGACCAUUACCACUGCCUCCAAGGCUCAGUGAAGCCAGUCAGGCUGCAUCCUGAAUUAACGCCCUAUUUCUUACGUCGUGCACUACUCCUAUCACACCAUGUAGGGAAUAGGGAGGUCGUUUGAUCUGUGCUUCACUAACUUCUCCACAUUCUUUCCAUUGUAUCUAUCAUUAUUUAAUCCUUUUGCUGCCACCAAAAAGAAAAAGACCUCAAAUGAGGUUGAGGUUAUCUUUUUUCCUCUUUUUUUUGUUUGCUGUCUUUUCCUUUAUGAUUCUUGGAUGUUUCUUCCACAAACAGUAGCCAGAUGGACACUGUUGUUGGACUGCCGCUCCUCAUGAACCUUGACAAGUGUCCAGGAAGAAAAUAUUCUCGGCACCACCAAGCUGUUCACAUUUUGUACAUAUAUACAUAUAUAUAUAUAUCCUCCUAUCUCCAGGUCAGAAUUUUCUCUGAAAUACUUCUAACCAAAAACUUUAGGAUUUUAACAUUCAAACUUUACUGAUUUACUACUAAUUUCACAAUAUUCAUCAUCACUAAUGGGGAUUUGUGUGUCACCCCAUCUUUUAAUUAUCUCUUUUGGGUUUUUGGACAGGCCUUGACGUAAAUCAUAUCAAAGUUAUAUUUUAGAGACUUUUUUUCUUUUACCUUUACUGUCUGUAUUUUUUGACAUUUUCAGAACUUUGUAAGUCUAAUAUUAAGUUAAGAUUUAACUAUCACUUUUUAAUCGUGGUUAUAAGGCUUUAAAAACAAGUAAUAAGUGGCCGAUAUAAAGGUUAUCAUUGCUUUAAGGGUCGGAGGGACCAGGUGUGUCUCUCUGAGUCUCUCUUUCUGGAAACACUGAGUUUUACAUCACGCUGCAGCGGCAAAGUAGCCACUGAGCUUUUGUAAAGCGACGGUCUAGGUGUGGAUCGUAGACACUGACGAGAAAAUUACUGAAAACAUUACAUUGAGAGCUUUAAAAAGAGCUGCUGACAUGCAGUCCUGUGUCUGAUUAAGGGUGAUUUGUUUUGGAUGGUGAUCCAUUGGAAAUCUGUACAUUAUGUUUGGAUUCAGAGGUAGAAAGUAGACAUCUGCAUGUGUUGUCUACGGCUCAGGCAGAUGCUGAGAGCUCAGUAACUGUUCAAGGCUCUGCAGCCGACUGGUGUGUUUUUAGGAGGACCAGUCAGGGGGGCGUGGUCAUCAUACCAAACGGAUGGUGGCAUUGGCUAGAUGAGGUUAUUGUAUUGUGUUUUUUGUUUUUUGUUUUCUUUUUUAAUAGUAGUACCGUUGUAUCUACUUGUGCACAGUAUCUGUACCAAAAAACUGGAUUGAUGAGCUGCAGUCUGCCUGUUUUGGGAGGAAUGAAAUUCUGUCUUUUUUUGUCUGCAGUCACUUGACUGGCUUACGUACUUUAAGAUAUACCAAAAAUAUUUGUUAAAAUAAUUGCUGUGUGUAGUCGGUGUAGCUUAGUCUAGUCAAUAUAUUUAUGAGUGCAGAAUCUCUCUUCAUUGUCAACAGAUAAUAGAAAUGCAAUAUUUUGAUGAUCAUUUUCCAAAGAUGAUUUUUUUUUUUUUUUUUUUUUUUUUAAUUUGACAAAGUGUCUCAUAACUCAACUUUAAAUUGGCAGCACAACUGACCAAAAAGAGAGGGACUGGCGGGUUUGGGUAUGAGAAAGUAGUUUCCUUUUACUCUUUAUGAAUUGAUUCUUUAUCAUUGGGGCCUCGCCCCUAACACCUGAUUCUGGUUUCCUUUGAGCCAUUUGAUGGCUUAGUUUCCUAUUUUAAAUCAGUUUUGGCCGUUUUGGUAGCAGUUUGGACUUUUCUGAAGCAUAAUAGAAAGGUUCUGUUGUUUGGUUUUGUACUAAUAUUCAGCCAUAAAACAACAGCUUGAACCAAAGUGGUUUUCCUCAGUAGUUGCUGUGCCUGUCCGAGCACACAAGUUGCCGUUCAUGAUCUCUACUCUCCACACUGCUAAAUAUUUUCCUCUUCUCUCACCUCGGUCAAUACCUGAUAAUUCCUGGUUUGGUGCUGCUGGAUAAGGAUCACAGAAAACUUAGCUUUAACAACUUGCUGCUGAAGCUCCUGGUGGAGUUGUGCUGUUGAGAGGCCUGCAUGCUUUCCUAUAGCUUUAUGACUACAGCCUGGAAAAUCAGGUUUUGUGGUUUAGACCCGCCCAUCUGGGGGGCUCACCUAUGUAAAUGCAUAGAUCUGAUCAUCAGACGACAUACUACACCUCCCCUCAGCGCCACCAUUUUGAACCAGCAUGUUAGGAAACAAUAUGCUGCUCCCUAAAUCUGUCUGUGGACUAAUUAAAAACCUGCCAAAUUAUCUUACCCAACACAAUGUCGGGCUAAGUAUUCUAAUGUGCUACACAUUCAGCUAAAUCCCAUACAAAAGUAGCAUUGUUCUGCUGCUUCCAAAUAACAAAAUGAAUUACCACAGUGAUUAUUAAAUCACUGAGUGUAAGCAGCAAAUUUUUUCCAUGUUAUCCUCUUGUGUACUUCUUUUCUAUUGUUGAUUUAUUUUGACUGAAUAUACCUCAGCAGCACUUAAACAUAAGGUUCACUUUUAGACAUUUCUGUGUAUAGAACAGUGUAGAAUGUAUAAGUACUGUCUGGCUUACCAUUCAGAGUUUAUACUGAUGAACCAUACAUAGUAAACAUACAUAAAAAGACAACCUACUACUGCUAUUUUCUAGUACUACUAUUUAUGGGGUAUUUCCAGGUUUAAAUAUUGUUUUGAGAUCCUUCUUGCCAAAGUAAAAGCCUUUCUCUUUGCAGCUCGGCAGGUGUCUGGCUGCUCACGUUGCUGGUUUCCCUGUUUCUAAGGCCAUGAUGGGCCUAAAGGACUCAGUCCUGUUCCAGUGCUGUUUGUUGUUACUAAAGAUGAACCAGUUGCCAUCGGCACCAUAGGAUGUUACUGAAAUAUUUAUCUGAGGAAAGACUUAAGAAUUAGAGAAACAAUCUUUUCUUAAUUCUAUACAUAUAAAUAUAUAUAUAAACACUUGUAAGAUAUUCAUAUUUUAUAUUUGAACCAGUAUGUUAUCAAGACUGAAUGUAGUGUUUAUCAUGCUUACUCAAAAAAAUCUCCCCUAAUUCUUCUUUUUUUAAUUUUUAAUUUUUUUUAUUAUUAUUAUUAUUUUUUUAAACUUUCAAGACCAAAAGAAAAAGAACACAAGAAAUCUGUGGCCACGCCCCGGUGGAGCGUGAGCUGCUGACACCUGUGUCUGUCGUGUAUUGGCGAGGUCUUUUCAGCAGGAGGGUCUCGUUCAGACACUCCUGGUAGACAGGUCCUGUGGUUUGGUAGGAGACUCUGAGGCAUCUGAUCUUAAUCUUUUAAUAGAUUUUUUUUUUUUUUUUUGGUUGAGUCAUUGUGGACUUGAUUUGCUGUGCUGUCUUUAACAAUCAUUUGAUUUUUUUCUUAAAAUAUUACUUUAUGCCUUUAAUUGUUUUGUAUGGUGUGAGAGGGCAAGAUCACUGGCUUUCUUAGUUUGAUAAAGAAGAUUAACAUUAUCAUUUAUGCCUUAUUGUUACGUAGAAGACAUGAGCAUUGUAGCAUUGUUGUGUGUGAGAGAGCUUGAGCGCUGAGCUCACCUGGUGCAUUGUUUUCACUGAAACAAUACAGUGUACUUUGGGCAUUUUGGUGCGUGGGAUGAUUAUGUUGCUACCUAUGUUUUUUAGGUGUGACUCAGACAGGUUGAGGAUACCUGUGAGAAAAGCUUUACUAAUAAUUCCAGCAGGUGGGUGUGUGUGUGUUGUGUGAGAGAGUGUGAAUGAGUCUUACCAAGAGAGAAUAGUGAGGGCAGUCUGCAAACCAUUAUAGUGCAUUUUUUUCCAUCUUCCAGCGGGUGUUUGAGAGUGUGUUUUUUUUUUUUUUUUUUUUUUUUUAGGUGAGACAUGAGAGUACUUAUUUUUGUUGUUAGUCCAGAGGGGGGUUCUCUACUGAUUAUCUAGAGCCUUUAAGCAAGCCAGUUUUUGGUUUUUAAUGGUAAAACUAAAGUUUGUGUUCUACUUAUGAUCUCAUUAGCUGACAACUGUUGAGCCAGUGAGGUGGCUUUAAUGCUUCAGUUUCAGUGUGUGAUUCUGAGAUUUCAAGAUGCUCUUGCGGAUCAGCCACAGGUCAAGUUGUUGUACGUUGAACCACCACACUGGUUUGCUGGUUUUUAACGUCGACAAAGGAAGUGUGGAGCACCAGUAAGGCAAAAGGAGCUGUUGUAUACCUCAUUUCUAACUCAAGACUGAGUGAAACCUGCUUUAAUCUACUUAUGAAAUAAGAAAAAAUAUUUUAUAAAAUCUCACAAAAAAAGAUGAAAAUACACAAACUUGUGUCAGUGGAGAAGCCCGGUCACGCCUGUACUUAAUGAGGGGCUGUGGAAAAUGCCACCACAGGGGGGAGACAGAUUACAUACCAGUACUUGCGAAUGUCUGCCUUUUUUUUCUUUAAGAGUUUGGUGUUCUUACACUGCAUGCUGAUUCUUUUCAGCAUUGUUAUAACUCAGAGGUUUCUUUAAGUUUUUUUUCUCUUAUUUAAAUGGACUCCACAAUUUGAACAUCUUUUUAAUUUUGACAAUCCUAUUUUUCUUUUUUCAAAUUUAUUUUCACUUAACCAAGUACAGGUAUGUACUUGUCUUCCCGCAUGACGGUGCGCUGUCACAGUCCGCUCUCGCUUCCCUGUGGUACCAACAUUAACCAAAGACUUUAACUUGAUUGUAUAUGAAUGACACCAUCUCCCGCCCAUCCCCGCCUCACUGCUCAGCAUCAAAUCCCGGCUGCACGCUCUCACCCGAGUCCUCGGUUCAUCUGUAAAAAGUUUGCUUUUUAUUGCAUGCGAAUGUGUAUCCGCCUGGGAAAAAAAACACUCCGGCGUCUCGCUGGUGCAGCGGUUUCAGUGCCUGUGGGCGGGGAUCGGAGGGGGGUUGAACAGGAGCUGAGCGGGCUUCUCUCCGACAGACACGAACCAAUCUGGUGGUAGCUGGGUGAUGUUUGUUAAUACACACUGAGGGUUAAUCCUGUGCACACUGUACAUGCUCAGGACUCUGUAUGUUUGUUUGUCUUGAGCGCUGUUACUAGGUUGUUCCCCCUCCACUCUUUCUCUCUCUCAAGGACUGUGGUGAAAAUGCUGUUCCUGCCUCUCACAGUGCGUCUGUUUCGUCCUCAUCACCUGUACACUGUAGUCCCAGGACAUUACCCUGUUGUCUCCAGGAAUACACAUCCUGCGGUCACUAAAACUCACUGCUGUGUCCCUCCUCUUCCUCCUUCUCCUCUUCCUUUUUCCCUGCUUUUCUGCUCUCUCCCUUGACAUCGUCUCUUCACUACAGACUCUGAUCAGCUGUGACACUAUGCAUCAUGGUCCUUCACUCUGCAUGGACUGUGUCCCUUCGGCUCAGACCUCUGGCCGACGGGCUUCAGUGACACUUUGUUUAAUGCUUUACUCCAGGUGAGGUUGUGGGACCUCACAAGCGCUAUCCCAAAGCAAAAAUCCAAAUAUUUAACUUUUGACAAAUGCAGAUACCAAAGAUAUCUCUCUGUCCUGUGUCUCUCUCUCUCUCUGUUUUCUCUCCCUUCCACCCUGCAGCAUGUGUAUUAAGAGACAAACCCAGCACUGGCUUUAGUCCUAGCCUCAGUAAUUCCAAAGCUUAGAUGUAUAUUUUGGUAUAUUUCUGAGAAAAACUUGCGUGAAAUGCGUCUGUUUCUCGUUUGUUUGUUGUAUUCUCUUUUUUCUGUCACAGCAUGGAACUAAUUGCAAAACUGUCUUACUCUUGGUAGGUUAAAGAUAUAGUAUUUUUGUAUGUUUUUGGGUGUGUCAUGUGUGUGGUUAUUAGUUCACGGCCCAAGUGACCAUGGCUUUCAACAAGCGAGGGAAAAAAAAAGAAAACGCCAACCAUGUACAUAUUAAGUCUGUGUAUUUCAAGAAAUGUAUUCUGUAAAACAUUAACUACUCACGUUGGAAGCUUGGGCUCAUCUAAAGGAAUGUGUCCCCAUUUGAUUUCCCUUCUUUCUUAUUCUGCAGUCUGACAUGAAUUGACUCUUCAGGACUCUAAUGUAAAGAGUUUUGGUUUCAAUCAUGGACUACAACACUGAGGGACACUGCUCCGAUCUGACUACAAGACAAAAAAUGGGAAAAAAAAAAAAAAAAAGGCCUCCAGUCAUGGUGGCAUAGAACUGAAAGAUUGUGUAGGGAUUUUAAGUAUGUGAAUCAGGAUACAUAGUAGAUUUUGAUGCAUUUGUCUGCUGUAUUUUUGUUUGUUUUGUUUUUAUACACAUAUAAAGAUAAUCUUUUACUGUAACUGUACAGUUCUUUUUUGUUGUAAACAUCAUUAAACCAUUUUCCAAGUGUUUUGA